GAGCACUGUCCAGGUCUCUAUCGUCUGCCGGGAGGGUUUCUGAUGGAACCAGGUCUGCUGACGCCCAACUGAGCUGAAGCUGGACGUGGAGACUUGUUGGAGGGUGGACCACAAGAAGACGUGUUCCUGUAGCGUUUGGCAUCUGUUGGUGCAAGCAUGAAUCCAGUGUGGAAGGUUUAUAAAAGCAAGGUGAUGAAGACUCUAAACCCUGAGUAUGAGGAGGACACGGCUGAGGAGGUCACAGAAGGGGAGAUUGACAUGAGUCCAAUGCAGGAUUAUGAAGGGCCCAACACUGUGAGCCAACUGGCCAAAAAGGUGCAGGGGGCCGGGGCUAAAAGCUGGAACAGAUUCUCAUCUCUUUUCAACAAAGAAGAUGAGCACCAGCUUCUAGAGGAGACCGAGAGCCCGCCGGUGGCUGAUCAUCCUCUCGCAGCGAAACCUGAAGAACCCCCUCAGCCCACCAGACGCUCGGGAUUCUGGGAUAGCUUUGCAGCCAACUGGGCCGCCAAGAAGCAGGCCGAAGCUGCUGCAGCUGCAGGAAACGAGGGGGCAGCAGAGCAGGCUGAGGUGGGGGGGCCAGAGGCUGGUGGAGGGGAGGAACAGCAUGACGGGCAGAACAGCCAGGGAGAGGCGAACGAAGGAGGGAGCAGCGGCAACAACAGAUUCUCCAAGUACGUAUCUCUGGGAGGAAGCAACGAGGACCCGGCCUUCAAGUGGAACUUUGUUACCAACAAACUGGCAGAGCUGAAGAGCAAGAGCAUGACGAAGACCAACUAAUGACGCGUGGAGAAACUUAACAGAACGUAAAGG